AUGACCCAACAAGUUUUGGAGGAGUACUACAAAAUUUUGGCAGUUGAUGAUGAUGCAACUGAGGAAAAUAUCAGUUUAAAUUACCUAAGUUUUGCACUGUUAUCUGGGUUUGCAGUUGGAGCCGAAGCUGAUGAUGAUAAGAUAGUGCUUCUUCUGUCACUGGUCAAGGGCAAAGACAUUACAGAACUUAUUGCUACUGGGCGGGAGAAGUUGGCCGUUAUGUCUUCUGCUCAUGAUGGUUUUGCAGUUGCAGCCACAGGUGCAGAUGGUGGUGCUGUUGCUCAUGCUGCUGCGGAGCCAAAGAAAGAGCUGGAAAAGGUGGAGGAGAAAGAGGAAUCUGAUGAAGAAAUGUGCUUCAGUCUCUUUGAUUAAGAAGUACUUGGUUCAUUUGUCAGUCUAUGAAUAUCCAAGCUCCAAUACACGGCGCCGGCGUAAGAAUGAAUUGUAGUAGUUUAUAGCUUAUAAUUUUGUAGUUUAUAGCUUAGUUUUAGGCAGAAAAAAGGCUGGAUCAGUACUUACCACCCUAAUGUCAUAUUUGAAUUUGUUCUAUUAUUUUAUCCGAGGAUUUGAUUUAUUAUAUAUCUUACUUAUAUCUUGCC